CGCGCUGGUACUCUCACCGCAGUGCAUGUGGCUCUAAGUCCGAUAGAUACUACAGAGAUAUCUGCAGGUUGCUGGCCAAGAAAUAUAGUGCUGUCAUUCCUUUACGAAAGCAGGAUAAAUGAGACGCGCACAUUUAGACGGUUUUUGGACAAAAUGCCACAUUGCCUUUAGGCUGUUACAAUGAUAUGAUAAAAAAAAAUAAUAAACUUGCAACGCAGCACAUGUUGAUGCAUUUUGUAAUUUAUGUUAAAUCUUAAAAGACGCCUGUUACGUCUUAGCUUUACGACAAACAGAGACACCUGUCCGGGAAUGUAGCGGGAAUCGUCCGCUUCUGGCUUGCGAGGACUCCAUCUCUCAUUGACUGCACAGUGCUCAGGGCAUGAAGCCCCAUCAUGCUUUGGGCUUGUCACCAUGGUCCUGCCUAAGGGGCGACAGGAGCUGUGGAAGCGCGUGAGGUCACUACCCACACAAGUCUGCCAUGGGUACAGAGAGUUACACGGAGCAGCUGGAGACCAGUGAUGGAGCCGGGACACUGGCCAGCAUCACUGGCUUGGACGAACCAAUGGGACCGAGUGCUGCCACAAGCUGGUAUAUGCCUUAUCCAAUCAGCUUCCAGGUGUCUCUUACCUGUUUCCUCUUGUUGGAGCUGGUUCUGGGCUUCAGUAGUAACUUGACCGUGCUGGUGCUUUACUGCUCCCAGUCUAACUUGGUGGAUUCGGUCAGUAACAUGGUCACAGUUAACCUCCAUGUCCUGGACAUUGUUGUAUGUGUGCUGUGCGUGCCAUUAAGUGUCGUCGUGGUGCUGUUGCCAACAGGUUGCAACCUUGCGCUAAUCUGUUGCUUACACGAAGCCUGUGUCACAUUCGCCAGCAUCUCCACAGCCAUUAAUGUGCUUGUCAUCAGCCUGGACCGCUACGAUAUCUCUGUGCGGCCGGCUAACCGGUUCCUCACUCCCAAAUGGGCAGCACUUCUGCUGGCUGCUGUAUGGGCCGUAUCUCUCGCUGUCUUCUUCAUCCCCUUCAUUGAGGUGGACUUCUUCUCCUCAGAGCCGGAGAAUGAACUCACUGGAGGCUCCUUGGUCCCAGCCUGGCGUAACCGAACACUUCUGUGUGUGGGAGGCCAGGGCUAUCACACAGGCCUUGGAAUGUAUUACCACAUCCUGCUGCAGGUGCCCACCUUCUUUGCCACACUAGUGGUGAUGCUCUUCACGUAUUCAAGAAUCCUUCGAGCACUAAACAUUCGCAUUGGUUCACACAUGAGGAGGAACCAGCACCGCACCAGGCCCGCCUGUAGAGGGCGCCGCAGGAGACAGAAGAAAAAGGGCAGCUCAGCAGACCUCGAGGGAGGAGAGCAAACGACAAACCAGACCAAGCAUCUCACACACCCUCCACUCAUGUCUUCCCCGACGCCGACUCCUACAGCCACGUCGCCCCCAGCACAGUCCUCCACCCCGCUGGUGAGUGCUAGCACUGCCACCGGACCCGCUCCUGUCGUAGGAGUCCAGGCCUCGGUUUCAGCCAUCAUUGCUCUCCGCAGGGCUGUCAGGCGGCACCGAGACCGGCGUGAGCGCCAACGGCGGGUCUUCAGGAUGUCCCUGAUCAUUAUCUGCAGCUUUCUGGGCUGUUGGGCACCUAUUUCUGUGAUCAACAUUCUCAUCCUUGCUUUAGGCCCCAGUGACGGGUUGGUCCGAACGCGGCUUUGGUUCUUGGCAAUGGCAUAUGGCACCACCAUAUCCCAUCCGCUGCUGUACGCCUUCACGCGGCAGAAGCUCCGUCGGGCGCUCAGGGCCAAGGUGAAGAAGCGUGUGGUGUCCUUGCUGCAAGUGGACCCAUCCCCAGGUGGAACUGUCAUCCACAACUCUUGGGUGGAGCCACGGCAGGGACGUAAGUUUCGUUUAGACGGCAGUGAUGCUACUGACAGGUGUCUAACAGAACCACUAUGAAAUUAAGCAACACACACUUUGGUUUACCUAUUCAUCUAACAUGGAAGGACUCCUGGAGAAGGAUUGGUGAUGUGGGCCUAUCAGGCAGAAUUUUAAAGUGUACUGUCCAAUUCCAAAGUCAUAUAGAUGAAAAAGAAGUAAAGAUGAAUAGAGCCAAUGGAUUCACAAGUUGCAGAAUUGUUAGUGGGAUUUUGUUUUAACUUUGUGCAGUGAUUGACACAAUGACAAUGACAAAUAACAUAUGAUAUUAUGUACAUUAUUUUUAAUCUGAUAAAAGGUGUAUUACUGGCAAAUUUAUUUUAAAUAAAUGUUUCAUUUGUAGUAUGCAUUUUUGGGCAAAUACAAGAACUCAUUUAUUUUCUGUAUUUUAUGUAAUAUAAUAAAUGUAAUUAUGCAAUAUAAUUAUUCUUUCAUUGGGAAUGACUGCAUUUAUCAUAUUUUCAAGAACUGUAUGUAUGUAAUUGUCAGUAAUAAACUAAUCUGCAAUAUUUGCAACUUAAAGUCAAAUUGGAAAUGGCACAGGUGUGCCAAUUACGCAGCUCAUUUGUUCGCUAACUAGCAGUCUUGUUGGAGAUUGGAUACAGAAGCCACCUCUGGGCUUCCUUAUCAACUGCUGUUUAGGAAAUUAUACUACCACCAGCAAAUGUGUGGUUCAUGAAGGGAAGGCUGAAGCAAAAUCUCUCUUAGCUAGAUUGGUCCCUGGCCACCUCCUCACACACCUACACGUUUUUACAUGCAGAGUUAGACACGGGCAUUAAGCGCUCAAUAGCCUUGCAGCACAGUCUGUGGACUUAUUACAAGUGCUUGUUUACGUAAAGGUAAAUUUGCUCUUUGAGAGCACUCACUAAAGCGCUAAUGUUCUAUAACAACUUACAGUAAACUGAACAUACAACAAUUAUAAUGUCAUUUAAAUGCAUGAAAAAGCAUCCUUUGCUGUCUUCUUUUUUUUUUUUUUUUUUUUUACAAAACAUCUAGUUGCUUAGAAGCUGGCCCAUACCUUAAGCCUCCUCAUGGGUUACCAUAGUGUUCAAUAUGAGUUUUUGGCUUUAUAGAAUCAUUAGGGGAAUGCAAGUUUUUCUAAUGGGUUGCAUCAUCUGUCACUGUUUGGUUUUUUAAAGAAGGUGUUUGGAAGUUUGAUUAUGAAAGAAAAACUGUUUGAAGAGAUGUAUAAUUAGCUCCUUUACUAAUUUAUUUUUGGCUGUUAUAAAUUACUGAUACCACAAUAUGAGUAUGUCCAACAAGUAAAUUUUGUUCUACACUGGCUAAUGCAGGAUUCUCAUCUUCUCAUCAACAUAUAACUGUGUAGAGUCAGUUUCCCCUUGUGUGCAUCACUGAGUGUGGGUGUACAUGCUCUAAAAAGGAUUGCACAAGUCAGUAUGAGAGAGGUGCAUUAACAUGUAUUAGAAUCAGGUUCAAGUAUAUUGUAGAUGUUAACUGCUGUACAUACUUUACAUUGUUUUCUAGCCACUGCGUUGCAAGUGCUAAGUCGACAAUGACUAUACAAUGUUUACGGUGUCAGGAUCUCAAAAAACACAAUCCUACGCAGGUCCACACCAAAGAUGGAGCUUGAGGUAUUUAAAAAUCUCCUAGAUGUAGGAGAACCCUUCCUAUGCCCUUUCAGCAUAAACCGGGUAGAAUAAGAUGAUUUAUUCACUGGGCUCAAUAUCAUCUAUGGAUAAACAUGUCAAUAAAUCCUAAAACUGUA